AUGAGUAUUAUCCAAGACAAAAUCGGCAAUGAAUUUUUGCGCAACGGUGGCAUGGACCCCAACUUUGCACCCGGCAUGCUGAUGUUCAGCCACCUGCCGCCCGUCACCAGCUUCACGCGGCUGACGUCGCAGUCGGUCAUGGGCGAACUCCCGCAGGACAUGGUCCUCAAGAAGGAGCGCGACUCACCCCCGGAUCAUCAGGGUGCCGGCGUGGCUAACGCGGGGGGCUUCCUCCACAGCAUGGGCAUCAAGCAGGAGCGGCUAAACGAGCUGGAUUAUCGUAUGCCUCUCUACGGCGGCGGCGGCAACGGAGGCAGUGCCACCGACAUGCCGGACAUGUCUUAUGCUAACCACCACCAAAAUCACCAUAACAUGCUCCUGCACGACCUCAGCCACAGUAACAUGUCCGGACGAUCGGGUAAAGAGCCAAAAGAUUCCAAAAGAGGAAGGAGGACCAAUGGAGAUGGACAGGGAGGGAAAGCUCGAAGGAAACGCAACGAUGCUGCAAAGGCCAUGAUGUUGGACGCAGACGGAGCGUGCCUGUCCCCCAACUCCAAGCCACAUAUCUGCGAGCACUGUAAUGCCGCUUUUCGCAGCUCUUAUCACUUGCGCAGACAUGUGCUUAUACACACAGGUGAGAGGCCUUUUCGGUGCAGUCAGUGUAACAUGAGCUUCAUUCAGAAGUACCUGCUCCAGCGGCACGAGAAGAUCCACAGCGGGGAGAAGCCUUUCAGCUGCGACCAGUGCAACAUGCGGUUCAUCCAGAAGUACCACAUGGAGCGACACAAACGGACGCACAGCGGCGAGAAGCCGUAUCGGUGCGAUACGUGCCAACAAUUUUUCUCAAGAACAGACCGGUUACUGAAGCACAAGCGUACUUGCGGAGAAGCCAUAAAAAAGGGCCUGGACCCGAACAUGCUGGAACUCAGUGACGCCGAGCUCGGCCAGGGCAGCUAUUCACUCACUCAGGGAAACGCCGGCGCCUCGGGACGCAAGCGGGCCAAGUCCAAAAACGGGGAGGGCGGCGAACGCAAGAGGAAGAAGAACGCGGCGGCGUCCGUGGGCCUGCAGGACUACGGCAUGGAGCAGCCCUCGGGUUCCGCCGUGCAGGGACGAUCGCCCAAGUUGGUCUUCAAAAAAGCGGGCCGCAAAGGCCUGGAUAAGGGCCUCCUUCCCCUGGAAGAUGGCGCCGAGGGACAAAAACUGUUAGGCCAAAAAGCCGGCUCCAUGGAUCACGUGGAUGCCUCCGGGCUGGAGAAUCUGGCUCUGCUCCAGGCGGGCGGAAGUGGCAAGCAGGGCGCCGCCACCAGCAGCAACUACGACGACGCCAUGCAAUUUGUUAAAAAGCGGCGCUACCUCCACGCUGUCAACAACGACUACGGAGCGGGCGCUCUGCACAUGACCUCGCAGGGUGGCGGGGUCAUCCAGGUGUCCCUGGGGCCCGAACCCACGCUGGCCAUGCUGGACACUUCCCCCAUGGAACUCAAACACGACAAAUCGGGCAUCCCGGACGAGGUCCUGCAGAGCCUGCUGGACCACUACAGCCACAAGCCGGAGGGGACGCACCACCACGACGUGGCCUUCGACCUGUCCGACCACCCGCAUCACGUGGACCUCCAGCCGGCCGCGCCCGUCACCCCCGAGUUGGAGGACGACGCGGCCAACGGGGGCGAUAAAACGGCGGUGAUGAGCGAGUACUCCAAGUUCCUCCUGCAGGCGCUGGAGCGCACCAGCCACAGCGGGCCUUUCCCCAGCCUGGGCGCCACGGGGCCCUUCGCUCUGCUGUCUAGCAGUUCCAGUCCCACGGGGCCGCUCGUGUACAGCACCUCGCCGCUGGACUGCGGCUACCCGCCUGUCGUUUCCUCCCCGCUGCCCCUCGUCGCCCCUUCGUCCUCGUCGUCCUCCGCCUCGUCCAAAUCGCACUACGGCAUGCUGGUGGGUUCCCCCUCCCAAGCGGGCUUCCACCUGACCCUGGAGCCGGCCGGCCACCAGCAACUGACCCCGUCUCAGGAGUUGACGGAGCAGCUGGAGAAGCAGCACUCUCCCGGAGCCUUCAACCUACCUCCCCAGGAUCUGACCGCACCGCCGGAAAGCUCUAAGGGGCAACCGACUAAGCCCGGGGGGAGCUCCGGCGCCAGCGCCGCCCCCGCCAACGCUUCCGGCUACUCGGACCUGUCUCCUCUCAAUCCCCCGAAAGAGUCGGCCACCUACCAGAUUGAGAAUUUCGCCCAGGCCUUCGGUUCCCAGUUCAAGUCAGGGCGCCGCACCCCACUGAGCUACAGCGCCGACCCCGGGGCGGACGUGGACCACAGGAUACGGACUCCGGUGUCCGAAUUCUCAGGGUACAGCAGCUUGUUAGCUGACGUCAGCGAGCCAGUGAGUACAGGAUCAAAAACCCCGACAAGCCAAAGUUUCAGAUAA